UAGCUUUUUCAUUGGUUAAGAAGAUAAAACUUUCCGGUGGUUGAAACUUGAAUAAGUGUUCUCCUCCACUCUGAACUCAGAUACACCUCAAGCUCUGGUUGUAAUCAGUAAUGGCUAUUCACCUAUCUGGUGUGUUUUCCACCAAAGCUUCCAUUUCACCACCUCUUCUUCAACAUCGAAGAAGACCGCCGUUAACCGUGUUCGCCACCGCCUCUGCCGCCCCUCCUCCGUCGUCCCCACCCACCAUUCAGAUUGUUGGUGGGAACAAUGCAAGCUGGUAUGGAAAUGGUAACAUGAAUUCUAGUAAUGCAACUGAAUCUUUUGAAGAAGAGUACGAGUGGGCCGAUCUUGAGACCGAUCUUUAUCACUGGACAAAGACGCUGCGUCCCGUUCAGUGGUACCCUGGCCAUAUUGCAAAGACAGAAAGAGAACUCAAGGAACAACUGAAAUUAAUGGACGUUGUCAUUGAAGUCAGAGACGCUAGGAUUCCAAUGUCCACAAGUCAUCCACAGAUGGAUUCAUGGCUUGGUAACAGAAAGAGAAUCUUGGUGUUGAAUAGAGAAGACAUGAUAUCGGCUGCAGAUAGAAAUGCUUGGGCAGAUUAUUAUGGCAGACAAGGAAUAAAAGUUGUCUUCUCCAAUGGACAACUUGGAAUGGGAACUAUGAAGUUAGGAAGAUUAGCAAAAUCAGUAGCUGCAGGAGUUAAUAUGAAACGCAGAGCACGAGGCCUGCUUCCUCGUCCAGUGCGGGCUGGAAUAGUUGGUUAUCCUAAUGUUGGAAAAUCAUCUCUAAUCAAUCGUUUACUAAAGCGUCGAAUGUGUCCUGCCGCUCCAAGACCAGGCGUAACAAGAGUAUUAAAGUGGGUUCGUUUUGGAAACGAUCUUGAGUUGCUAGAUUCACCAGGAAUAAUUCCAAUGAGGAUGAGUGACCAAUCAGCAGCCAUAAAGCUUGCUAUAUGUGAUGACAUCGGUGAGAGGUCAUAUGAUGUCACUGAUGUUGCAGGUGUUCUUGUACAAAUGCUCUCAAAGCUUCCAACAGCAAAUAAGAAUACUCUAUGGGAGCGUUAUAAGAUUGAUACUGAUGGCCGGUGUGGUAAAACAUUUGUCCACAAGCUUGCUGUCCAGUUGUUCAAUGGAGAUGAUCAUCAAGCAGCCUUUCGGGUCUUAUCAGACUUUAGAAAAGGGAGAUUAGGUAUGAUUGCACUCGAGAGACCACCCGUUCACUCUCGUGCUACGUAAUCAUGUAAAAGAAUAAUAUUAGGAUGUAGAUGUUUAUAGAUAUAUAAAAGGAAAUUGUAAGAAACUAUGAGGCUGGUAUCUUUCUUGAAUCAUAGCUUUAUUGCUAAUUACUGAUUUGUUUAUUACUUGUAUUGAUUUGUAGCUAAUAAUAUGUAGAUUGGUUAUCAUGGCUA